CGUGACUGUGAAAGAAAGCAAACAAUCAAUAAUAAAGAGAAACAGAUAAGGAUAAUAUAUAUGUGCAUCUAUAUCACAUACUAUGUCUGCCCAUCAGAGUUUUAAAUCACCCUGCUCUCUCAUCUCCUUUUGUCUUUCAAUUUUCUACCUGUGUCUAUAUCUUCUCCUUUUUUUUCGCAUCUGAAAAAAAAAAAAAAAAAAAACCAACUAUACCCUUUUUCCUGGAAAGUUCUAAAUUUGCUUGGAUUUGAUCAGCAGGAGAAAAAUCAGGAGAGAGAGAGAGAGUGUUUCAUGCAAAUGAAUAAUGAACAGAUGAUGAAUAAGGAUAUGAAAGUGGAGAUUCCAUCGGGAAAUGAUCAAAUGGGACUGGUUGGGUCUGGUGGGCUAACGAGACAGCCUAGUGUAUCAAAGAACAAUUGUCUUUGCUCUCCAACAACACAUGCUGGUUCCUUCAGGUGCAGGCUUCACCGCACACCAAGCCUUCAAAGGACCAAGAGCAUGGACUCUGCGUCCUCUCGGGAGUCUACAUCUAAGCCCAAUACCACUACAGCUUGAUAUAAAUUUAAUUUACCCACCAAACUGUUAAUUAUUUGCUGAUGGAAAAUAAGUGAGCUUUCAUGCUGCUCUCUGAGUCUUUUUCUUGUAUCUAAGGGUUUGGUUUUUUUCUCCAUUUUGGGUACUUUUUGUUUGUUUGUUUGUUUGUUUGUUCGUUCUUAUUUCACUUGUAUAGUUUGGAGAUCUGUCUGUUUAGUAAUGGUAAGAGUAAGACCUGGCAGUUUAUGCAGAGUCUCUCUCAAGCAAAAUUAGUGUCUGUUCUGAUACCAUAAUUCCAAUGAUAGCAACCAUAAAUAACAUAUUAUAAAGUUUAUUAUUUAUUUA